AUGCCUGUGAGACUGGGAACAAUGCUGAUGGAUAGCUGGACUCGGUUGAUGCUGGCAUGGAUUAGUGUGCUUCCUUUAGUGCAGUCAAUCACACUGGACCCUCCACAGAGUUUGCAGGAAGAAAGUAUCUUAGCAUUGAAUGGACUGGACGGUGACCCUGGUGCUCUCAGUCGUGCCAAGAGAGGCUGGGUCUGGAAUCAAAUGUUCGUGCUGGAAGAGUUUUCCGGUCCUGAGCCUAUCCUCGUUGGUCGGUUGCAUACAGAUCUCGACCUAGCGAAUAGAAAUGUCAAGUACAUUCUGUCGGGUGAAGGUGCUGGUACAAUCUUCAUGAUCAAUGACAAGACGGGGGACAUUCACGCCAUGAAGAGGCUUGACCGUGAAGAGAAAGCUGAGUAUACGCUGACUGCACAGGCCAUUGACCGGGACACUGACAAACCUCUGGAGCCACCAUCAGAGUUCAUCAUCAAGGUUCAAGACAUCAAUGACAAUGCCCCUGAGUUUCCGGAUGAACCUUACCAUGUGACAGUGCCAGAGAUGUCCUCUGUCGGUACGUCAGUCAUGGGGGUAACUGCAACAGAUGCUGAUGAUCCAGUUUAUGGGAACAGCGCAAAACUAGUGUACAGCAUCCUGGAAGGGCAGCCAUAUUUUUCCAUCGAGCCGCACACCGGAAUUAUAAGGACUGCCCUUCCGAACAUGGAUCGGGAAGCACGAGAGGAAUAUCUGGUGGUGAUACAAGCAAAGGAUAUGGGAGGCCACAUGGGGGGUCUCUCUGGAACAACAACGGUAACAGUCACAUUGACUGACGUUAAUGACAACCCGCCCAAGUUUACACAAAGCCUUUACCAUCUGUCUGUUCUCGAAGACAUGGCAGUUGGUGAUGUCACAGGAAGGGUCAAGGCGAAUGACCGGGACUUGGGACAAAACGCAAGGUCGUUGUAUGAAAUUAUCGAUGGAGAUGGGAUGGAUGUGUUUGAGAUCACAACAGACUCACAGACCCAGGAGGGCGUCAUCACUCUUAAGAAACCCCUGGACUUCGAGACCAAGAGAUCCUAUACCUUGAAAGUCGAGGCCGGUAAUGCGCAUAUUGAUCCUCGCUUCAUCAGCAAGGGACCCUUCAAAGAUACAGCAGCAGUGAAGAUCACAGUGGAGGAUGCCGAUGAGCCGCCCGUGUUCUCAUCACCUGCCUAUUUCCUGGAAGUGAGGGAGAGCGUGAACGUGGGUUCUGUCAUUGGACAAAUAAUGGCUCGUGACCCUGAUAUUAUCAUCAGCCCUGUCAGGUAUUCAAUCGACCGGCAUACCGACCUUGAAAGGUUAUUCAACAUUAACGCUGAUGAUGGAAAAAUAACCCUGGCCAAACCCCUGGACAGAGAGACAGAAGCUUGGCAUAACAUCACCGUGAUUGCUACAGAAACCAGGAAUCAUAGCCAAGUAUCCCGUGUACCAGUGGCUAUUAAAGUGCUUGAUGUUAAUGACAAUGCUCCGGAACUUGCCUCACAAACUGAAGCAUACUUGUGCGAAAAUGGGAAAUCUGGACAGGUCAUUCAAACAGUCAGUGCUACAGAUAAGGACGACCCAAAGGCUGGGCAAUAUUUCUUCUACAACCUGGCACCAGAGAUUUCCAGGAACCCCAAUUUCACAAUCAAGAACAACGCAGAUAACUCGGUCAGCAUUCUGGCAAGACACAGCGGAUUCAGCAGGCAGAAACAAGACAUCUACUUCCUGCCCAUCAUAAUCUCAGACAGUGGGAACCCACCCAUGAGCAGCACCAAUACACUCACCAUCCGGGUCUGCGGCUGUAGCACUGAUGGGACUGUACAGUCCUGCAACGUGGAAGCUUUUGUUCUUCCCAUUGGGUUAAGCAUGGGAGCUUUAAUAGCUAUUUUAGCCUGCAUUAUCCUCUUGUUGGUUAUUGUGGUACUUUUUGUAACUUUAAGAAGGCACAAAAAUGAGCCCCUUAUUAUCAAGGAUGACGAGGAUGUGAGGGAAAACAUCAUUCGCUAUGACGAUGAAGGUGGUGGAGAAGAGGACACGGAAGCCUUUGAUAUUGCCACUUUACAAAACCCUGAUGGCUUCAAUGGAUUCUUGCCACGGAAAGACAUCAAACCUGACCUGCAGUAUGUACCCAGGCAAAGCCUUCCUCCUGUCCCAAAUGGGGUUGAUGUGGAUGAGUUUAUCAAUGUAAGGCUUCACGAUGCCGACAUCGAUCCCACUGCCCCUCCCUACGAUUCCAUCCAGAUCUACGGAUAUGAAGGAAGAGGAUCGACAGCUGGCUCACUGAGUUCACUAGAAACAACAUCAACAGAUUCAGAGCAGAACUUUGACUACCUCAAGGAAUGGGGCCCACGUUUUAAAAAACUCGGGGAUAUGUACGCAGUUGGAGAAAAUGACAGAGAAACUUGA